UAAAAUCAACUCAAGAGAGAAACGAGAAGCCAUUUCUUCGAGAAGAGAGAGAGCAGCGAUGCCUAGAAAGAGAAGUGCCUGCCGGCCCCACAGUUGCAGCCUGAACGUCGAUCGUGCCGCAUGUGUGGAUCGUGCCCCUCGUGCUCCUCUGUUCUGAACUCAAAUAAAUCUUGUGCGUGGUCCAAAAAUAAAACCCCCUCUAUAAAAAAGGGGGACAAAAACAACAGAGCGUGCCAAGAAAAGAAGCCUCCGCCUCAAGUAAAAACAAGCGAAAAGUGAAUCGAAAAAGUUAAUCAAAUUUAAGGAAAACUUUUCUUUCCAUCAACGAUCACGCGGCGAAUGUGGCUUCAAUCGAUCCGAAAGUAUCUGGCAAUUUGUUAUUUCGUAGCAGAUCAAAGAUUCCCAUAAAGCAAAUCAAGUGGAAAUUUAUUUGUUUGAGACUGAGAAAAGCGUUUGGCAGAGACACAGCGAGAAAAAAGGAAACUUUUUGUAGCCAAAUGAAAGGAGAAAGUUGCCAGGACAAAGGAGUCCGAAUGCUAAACAUUUCAAGUAAAUAAACAACAAAACGGCAAAGGAAAAUACCGGGAAAAUGUGAGCGAAAAGAACAAUUAACAUCCCGAAGAAAACACACAAAAGACAAACACCGAAUGUCCGAAAAACUUGGAAAAGUUGGAAAAAUAGCAAAAGUGUAAGACCUAAAUUAAUAGGGAAAAAUCGGGAGGGGAAAACUCUCGGAUCGCCCCGAAAAGAAAACAAAGCCAUGAAGUUCCGUUUAGCAGCUUUUUGGCUAUUUCUGCUGACAGUUGGCAGCGGCGGUGGCAGGGGCAAUCACAAGCAAUUAAGCCUUGAUUGCUGCCUGGGGGGGCAUGGGCAUGAGGCCUCCACAUGGGGCGUGGCAGCUGCUGCAGAAUCAAUCGCCCAACGAGACGCCAACAGCGACAGCGACAAAGGAAAUGAACUGGAAAAUGCAUUGAAAUUGCGUGCAACCUCAAAGCGAAAGCAAACGGAAAUGCAAACGCAGGUUAUUGGGGACAUCACAACGAGAGCAAACCAAGCGCCAGAGGAUGCCACAACAACACUGGCAACAGCAUCCAAAUCAAUUGGCCAUCAAGCAGUGCGACGUGCCAAGGACGCCCGAAAUUUGGAGCAGCAUUUAAAGCAGAGUGUGGCCAGGCUCUUCACCAGCGAUGAAGAGUCCAACGAGAGUGACAGCGGGCCAGGCUCAAUAUUGGUCACAGAUGCCACGGCCACAGCCACAGCCACGGCCACUGCCACUGCCACGACGGUGACCACACAUCAUCCUGGACGACGGCAUGUGGUAGCCGAUAAGCUGCAGUACACCAAAGAGAUACAAAUCAAGCAGGGCCGCCUCAUGGGCAUCACACGUCGCUUUCAGGUCACGACCGGCCUGCGGGAGGUGGAUCAGUAUCUGGGCUUGCCCUACGCCGAGGCCCCGACCGGCAGUCGAAGGUUUAUGCCGCCAGGUGCACCAUUGCCUUGGCAGGGCCUGAAGAUAGCGCGUCAUUUGCCACCCGUUUGCCCACAAAAACUACCGGAUCUGACGUCCCAUGGCAGCGUUAACAUGUCACGGGCCCGUCACAAGUAUUUGAGUCGACUGUUGCCGUACCUGCGCUCGGAGGGCGAGGACUGCCUCUACCUGAAUCUGUAUGUGCCGCAUGAGGAAUCCCUGGUCGUCCCCAAGCAAUACGCAGUGCUGGUUUAUCUACACGGCGAGUCCUUUGAGUGGAACAGUGGCAAUGCCUACGAUGGAUCUGUACUCUCCAGCUACGGCGAGGUGAUUGUCGUCACAGUCAACUACCGAUUGGGUGUAUUGGGUUUCCUGCGGCCCAGCAUUGAUGCCCAUAAUAUAGCAAACUAUGCGCUGCUCGAUCAGAUAGCGGCUCUGCAUUGGAUCAAGGAGAACAUUGGGUCGUUCAACGGCGACAAUACGCGCGUGACGCUGAUGGGGCACAGCACGGGGGCGGCAUGUGUCAAUUAUCUAAUGGUAUCGCCCGUGGCCUCAGGCCUCUUCCAUCGCGCCAUCCUCAUGUCGGGCUCGGCGAUGUCCGACUGGGCGGCCAGCAAUCAGUCUUUGCAAUUGACAAUGCAAAUCGCGCAUGCCCUCGACUGUCCACUGAGCGACCAUUUCGAUGCGGAUGAUGAGGAUGCCCUGCUCGAUUGCUUGCGCCAGCGUCGGUACCAGGAUAUCUUGCACAUACCAACAUCGCUUCAGCAAUUUUCAACAUCAUUGGGUCCAAUUGUCGAUGGACAUGUAAUACCAAAUCAACCGUACAAGGUCAUGGGGCAUUAUACGGAGCAUUUCAGCCGUUAUGAUUUAUUAUUCGGCAUCACGGAGUCAGAAUCCUAUCACACACUGGCCGCAUUAGCACUCGAGGAAGGAUUACGUGAAAAUGAACGCGAUAAUUUAUUACGCUUCUAUAUGCAGAGUCGCUUUGAUGUACGCCCCGAUUUGGCAUUGGCUGCCACGCUAAAGAAAUACCAGGACAUGUACAACAAUCCGAUUAAGGCCACUAAUUUGGAGCAUCGUGAUGUGGUGCUGGACAUACUGUCCGAUGCCCGUGUCGUUGGGCCUCUACUGCAGACGGGUAUGUUCCAUGCGGAUGUCAAUCGGCGCAAUUAUAUGUACGUAUUUGGCCAUAACAGCGCAACGGGACCGUACGCCAACCUACCGCAUAGCAUUAUGGGCGAGGAAUUGGCGUUUAUCUUUGGCGCGCCUUUGGCUCCCGCAGGUCCUUUUCCCAGCCAUAACUAUACGAUGCAGGAAAAGCUGCUUUCCGAGGCGGUAAUGGCAUAUUGGACGAACUUCGUAAAGACCGGCAAUCCAAAGGCGCCCUGGAAGGGCAUCUUCUUGAAUUCGCACGCCCUCGAAUGGGACCGCUAUGACCUCGACUGGCCGGAGUUUAACAAGCGAGCACAGGCCUAUCUCAAUAUUGGAAUCCCACCAACAGUGGGCUACAAGUACCGACAGAUCUACAUGAAUUUCUGGAACAAAGAGCUGCCCGAUGAACUCAAUCAAAUUGCGGCCUUGCAGGAGCAGCUGCAUCCCGGCAGUGAGGUGAUUACGGGUCACAUGAGCCAGUACGGGCCGCGGGAUAAGGGCGCCGAGGACCCCGUGCGUACACUGAAGCUCCUGCUCCAGGAGCCCAGUCUGGCCAACAGUCCGGACUCGACGGAAACGGCGGCCGAGAACAUGUACAAUGCCCCGCCCACCUUUGGGCAUGUGAUGCACAAGCAGCAGCCGCAGCAGCCGCAGCGGGAGGAGGACUUGGAGAUGACCUCUGCCACGAAUCCCAUGGCGGAGGACCAGCCGGAGACGGUGGCCAAGUCGGAGACAACGCUGCAGCUGCUGAUUGCAUUGAUAGCCCUGAUUAUUGCCCUGAAUGUGAUCAUCUAUGGCACGUUCCUGAUGCGGCAGCGUCGCAAGAGAGCCAAAAUGUUGCCGUUUCCGGGCCCAAAGCUGAACGGGAAUAUCCUCAGCUAUGACGGCGCCAACGACGACGAGCUGAAGCGCUGCAGCAAGUCGCGGGAUGGCGACGACAGCUACGUCAUGGACAUGGCCCGCAAGUCCAACACUUACGAGGCCAUCAAAACGGGCCAGCGGUCGCCCAUCAAUGGGUAUGCGAUCCAGCGACAGCUCAGCUGCUCGACGGUGGACACCCACACGAAGGUGUGCGAGUGGAUGUCGGGGCAGGAGGUGCCCAAGUCCGGGAGCUUUGCCACGCCCACGGCAACGCCACCGACCUCAGUCCUGCCUGAUGGCCGGAUGAUCAUUUGCCAGGACAUCGAAGUGGCGGACGCGGCUCUUCUGAUCCCCCAGCAUAUGCACGAGCCGCAGCACUACGAAAUGCUGCUCCAGCGCCAGCACUCGGCCCUCACCGAACCCAGCGAGGACAUCCUGCAGCAGCAGCUGCAGCACAUGCCACUGCAUCGGCACACCCACUCGGAUCCGGUGGACAUGAUCCUGGCCGCCGAUGAGCAGGUGACAAGCUUCGUUCAUGCCGACGACGUGGACAUUAAUGUGACGAGUCGCGAUGAGAAUUGCGUGCUGGAAGUGGUGCCCCUCACGGCAGCCCAACAACUGGAACUGCUCCGGCAGCGUAACUACCCCAAGGUGCUGCCCACUGCCCAGGACCUGAGGGACAGCCGCGGUGGAAGCUACAAGCGGAACUCCUUGCCGCCGCAGAACUUCAGUGCCCCACUGCCGCCGCCUCGCACCAUCAGCAGCACUCUGGGGCGGCGGCGACGGGACAGCAGCAACAUUACCACAUCACCACUGCAGCUGGCCCAGGACCUGGCCGGGGAGGAGGAGCCCGGGGAGCCGCAGAUUACCCAGAAUACACUAAUCUUCGGUCCCAUUGUGCCCAAGUCGCCGGCGACCUCGUUAAAGCGACAGAAACGGACGCCGGAGGCGGGAGCGCCGGCAGCGGGAGCGAUGACAGCACUAAGCGGAUCCUUCCAAUCCUUUGAGUCGGUGCCGCCGGCUCAUGAGACCACACCGCCGCAGGGCGGGGAGCGUACCGAAUGCAUUUACUCGAUUGAGGCGAGUCCCGGGACGUGUCCAGGGAACGAUGGGACGAGCUGGUCGGCGCCCAAUGGCGAUUUGUAUGCACAGCCGAUGAAAUCUCCCUCCAGGACAUCGCUCAUACCGCGCCUCACCCAACAGCAGCCGACGCUGACGCCAACGCCGACGCCACAUCAUCAUCAUCAGGGAGCUGCUGAAGGAGAAGAGACAGCAGCAGUGCCUGGAGGAGCAUCAUCAAUGGCCACCACCGUCUCACCGACCCGCAUACCUCAAUUGCUGCAGCGUCAGGCUUCCGGCAAGGAUUUGCGAAUAGCAAACACCGCAAGUCCCCUGGCAAGCCAGGGACAACAGCAGCAACAACAGCGCACGGACUCCACAAUAUCAUCAGGUUCGUCGGCUUCGGCGGCAUCAUCCACAGAAUCCUCCACAUCCUCAUCCUCAUCCUCGACGAACACGGUUCGCACCGAACUGCAGCAGCACCAGCACCAGCACCAGCACCAGCCUGGCAAAAGUAUUACGACCAAUAUAUAGAAAAACCCCAACACCCAGGAGGAGCAGGGACCAGCCAGCAGCCAGUAGCCAAGAAGUUCCUCAAUUUAACGCCAGAGAGAGAGGGAAAGAGUGAGAGACAGAGUUAGAAAGGAUGGAGGUCCCGCUGUGGUCGCAUUGCGGCGGACGAGCAGGAGCAGCAGCUCCGACAGCUGCCUGCCAAAUGGCUGCCCCAUCCCCUUCCCCAUCCGCAUCCCCAUCUCCAUCUCCACUGGGGUCCACGCACACAGGCCAGGCUGUCGGAAUUUUAUAGAGCUUGCGUAAAUUUAAUAAUACAUUUUGGUAUAAAGUUUAUCUUUGACUUGGCUGCGGCGGCAUCGGCGGUUAGCAGCUUCGACUGCAGUUUGUGUGCCUGAAAGGAAAGUUUUCUACCAUCGUAAAUUAGUUGCGAGAAUUGCGAGUAUUUUGCAGCAAAAGGUUGCAGCAGCGGCAGCAGCAUAUCGAAAUAAGCAGAGAAAGUCUCAUCAAAUCAAAGGAACUUUUGAGUGAUGUCAUGGAAGUAGCAUCUAAAUGGGAAAUAUAUCUUUGAUAGAUGGAAAAUAGAUUGGUUUAUGGAACUAAGAAGAAAGUAAUAAGUAAUAACAAAAUAUGCAUAAAUAUAUAUCUAUAAUUUAGCCAUAAUUUAGUCAUAAGAAUCACAGUCAUUAUUCUGAUGUAAACCAAAGAAAGGAAUCCAUAAAAUUGUACAUAAUGGAGCCACCCAGCAAGUAUUAUAAGUUAAAUGUUCGUUCUAUGAAAUCAAAUUAGGUUUCUUGCCAUAAGAUAACACACACACACACACACAGAAGACACUCAUCGAUGAAGGCAAUUUGCAUAUGGCUGAUUUUUGCAUUUGUUUCCCCUGACAACCGACAGAAGCAGAAAUUGCCAAUAACAAUGCCUGCAUUUUGCCACUUUCCACUCCACACCAUGCCACGCCACACCAUGCCAUGCCACACACAAAAGUUGUGUCAACUAUUGUUGCCGGCAAUUUACCAAACAAAAGCUACUUACGAAGGAAAUACCCUCCAAGAGGCAGCUCCGAUUUUGAGAACACGAAGGCUAUGAUUGAUCAGAAGUGCAUAUUUUCUCGGCUCCAACUCCACUCAAUAACGAAUGUAUCUCGAAAGGGUAUCUUUAGCUUCUGCUUUCGGGUCUAGACUUUCGUUCUCUGCCUUCCUUUUAUGUGUGGCUGUCUUUAGUCCGCCAAUGCUCUCUCAGGAGCAGAGCCAGGGCAAUUUCGUGGUGCCUGCCAACUUAAUUUGCCACAAAAUUUCAACGGCAGCCACUAUUGGAGCACGCCUUGGAGCUUGGGAGCUCUGUGUAUCCUGUAGUCUCGGAGUCGCAUCAAAAUCAGUUGAAAUGUCAACAUUUCUGUAGCUGCACAUAUUUCAAAUAUUUGGCAUUUCCCGCAUAGUUGUUAACUCUUUCUCCACUUGGCUGUUUCUGUUUCUGUAUCUGACUCUCCCCAUCCCCUGCCCCAUCGCCAUCAAAGUUGUCGCCGACCGCAGCAUAGUUGGGAGUUUUGUUGCUUCUAAGCUUAAGGCCAUAUCCUGCAGGAUUUACUGCCUCUGGCGUUCGUUGCCAUAGACGAAAGUUUUGUGGACCCCCGGCUUUUAUGCCUUAUUCCCUUUGUGGCACAUUACAGUUUUUUUUUGGUUUGGUUUUUGCCCAGAGAUUGAGUUAUUGUGUCGUUUCGCUUUGGGGUCCUUUAUGCAAAUUGUUGUAUCUUGAAGUUUUUCGCUGUUUGUUUUUGUUGCUGCUGAUUCCAUAACAUUUUUAUUCUCCCUUUACGCAGGUUGUGGCACAGCACAAAACAUCGAAUGGCAAAGUUUGUCGCGAACUAAAAUUGAAAAUUCUACUGCCCUCCAAGAAAUGUUUCCCCAGAGAUAGAGCGAGAGAGAGAGAGCGAAACCGGGGGCGCCACAAAAGUCGUAAUUAAAUUGUUUGCCCCAUUGGAUUGUUUUUACGCUUUCAUUUUGGCUCUCUCGUGGUCCUUUUUGCCGGACUAUUUGUUUGGUCACUAAUUUUGUUAAGGCAUGAGAGGGGACGGGCAGUGCCAACUAAUUGAGCAGCACAAGAGCCAAAAAGUACUCCAAUCAGGGUUAUUUGAUCGGAAUGUUGAGGACAUAAAUUGAUAUAAUGGCCUCGAUAUGAAUGGGAUACCCACUGCAAGAGUGUCGGCAUAUUUUUGCACUUCAAAGGCGAAGUCUUAUAUGAGAUUUCCAUAGCCCACCCCCCCAUGGUCGACCACCCCUCCCGCCCCUGGCUGCCUGUCUGUCCAUCACAGAGUGUUUUCCCACUCAAGUCGGGCCCGGCUGUUUGUAAUUUUCCUCAAUUGGAAAAUGCCUUUGGGGCGUUUCACUCUUUCCUCAAGUUCUUCUUCGCUCUCCGCUCUUCUUUCACUUCUUUUUCCUUCCCUGCCAUGUACUCGCAUCGUUUGGUGUAUUUUCUUUUGUGGAAGCAGGCAUUCCGUGCAGUCUGCUGAAAAGUGUAUGAAAUAGUCCUUAAAUUGAAUAAACCCAGAGAUAACUUUUGUGGCAAGUUAUCAAGUGCUAAAUGGAAGUUUGUUAGCUUGAUAUGCCCUGUAAUGGAAUUCCCCCACUUUGAUAUAAAUGAAAAUUCUGGGAAAAAGCAAAGCUAGAGCAAAAGACAACAAAUCUGUUUGAUUGCAGAACAAUCCACGAGGACAUGGCUAAUUCCGAGACCUUAAUCACUUCACCGCAGGGCAAAAACACUUGUACACCAUUAAAUAUGUAGCUUUCGAAUCAAUUUGCCAGAUUCCACUGGACUGAAUAAUUCAUAAACUAGCAAAAACCGAAACUAUACUACAUACCGCACAAGCCAAAUAGUUUGGACCCAACAAAUCAAAAGCCACAGCCGGAGCCGGAGCCAGAGGAAAGCCAAACAAAAAUCGAGAAAACUAAACUCUUGGAGUACGAGGAAAUUCCCAAAAGCAGCUCCCCAGCACCGUCUGCUGCUCCGAACAUUUUCGUAAAUUUGCUGACAACCACAAAUUAGAGUAACUCAAGAGUAUAUUAAAGUCAAAUAUGCAGAGGGCUGGAACUGCCGUAACCCGAAUGUAAGAGACAAGUACAGUACAGUACAGAACGCCUCGCCUCGCCUCUAUGGAGUAGGAAACUUUCAGGAGACUGAGACUGAGACUGAGACUGGCAACAAUUCAUGCAUUAAUACAUAACGUUCUGGUCUCUGAUUUGAUUUACUGUUUGGGGACUUUUGUUGGUCAAAAUAGGGCAAGGCACAAGCAAAAUGAAAACUUAUGACAGGAAAACCCAAUAGGCAAACACCAAAAAACGAAAAACAAACAAAUAAAACAUCCUUAAACCAUAAUUUAAAUUGGAUAAUUUUUGUAAAUAUUAAAACUUUUCUAUAAUUAAAGCAAAUUAACAACGACAAGCAUAUGCUACGAUAUGGGCAA